CCAUUAUUCCUCAUACUAGCUGUAGAAUUCGAAGAGACUUGGACGCGAUGGGUGCAUUAACUUAUUUUAUUGUUCUGUUAGUAGUAAAUGUAGUGUUUGGUAGGGAACAAGGUCGUGAUGUUAACCUCAGGAGUGCGUUUGAUCAGGAUUUGUACGAGAAUGUGCUUGAUUCAGAAAAGUGUAUCAGGCAGUUGACGAUUUUGGCGAAUAAUAGCUUGGCUAAUCAAUUUCUCGAUGCCAGUGGAAGAAUCCCAAGUGGUCUCCUUACCGGCAACUGGAAUGACCUCGGAGAUUACCAUCAAUGUCUCAGCAUCCACCAGUUCGUCAACAACACAGAAUUCCAAGGGAAAUACUGCACGAUCAGAAUCCCUAUCAACCAGACGUACAUUGACAUCCCCGAAGGUUUCCCAAGACCUGAGGACUGGCCUGACCUAAUACCUGAUGAGUGGCCCGAAAUUGUCUUCCCACCCGGUCUAUUCCCCCAAGCUGAUAGGAAAACACUCCGUGAAAUGGAAGACUAUAGAGGACUGCAGAAUUAUGUUAUGGGAAUAACUGGCAUGGGAGAAACUCCGGAAACUAGAUUCUUCCCAUUGUUGAUAGCAGCGUCUCAACGUGCCAUGUUGUCUGUCUGCAUUCCUGAAGCGUGCAGCCCCACGGAAGCCGUAGACUUCUUCCAGUCUAGAAUCCCCUUCCUCAACUUUACUUUUGAGGAGUACUACUGCAGAUUGCCCAAUGACAAGCCUUUUGUUGCUGCCGAUUAUGUUGCUAUAUCUAUACUCUCCUUCAUCGGAUUGCUCGUCUUACUCAGUACAGGUUACGACGUGUAUCAAAACAAGAUCGCUAGACGAGCUCCAUCACGCAUCAACGGCUUGUUCGUCUCAUUCUCCGUCUACACAAACACCCGUCGGUUUCUGAACUUCAAGUCAGCACCCGGAGCCCUCGAGUGUGUUGAUGGCAUCCGAGCCUUCUCCAUGAUGUGGGUCAUCGUUGGCCACACCUACAGUAUGACGUUGCUUGGCUUCGUUCAUAAUGUUGGCGAUAUCAUGAACUGGUUAACCUCGUUCGGAGGCAUAUGGAUAAACUCAGCACCAAUUACUGUGGAUACAUUCUUCAUGCUCAGUGGCAUUUUGGCAGUUUACACGUGUAUUGGAAAAAUCACUAGAACUCGGUUCAUCAAGACCAUCCACCUAUUCUACUUAAAUCGUUUGCUGCGGAUGUUCCCACUUCUGGCGACGAUGGUACUUCUCCAGGCUUCUCUCUUCAACCACGUCUCCGAUGGACCCUACUGGAUCAACCAGGCUCAUGCUGCAGAAAACUGCAGGCAGUACUGGUGGGCUGCCUUACUGCAUAUCCAGAACUACGUCAACCCUCUUGAAAUUUGUCUAGCUCAAACCUGGUAUCUAUCAGUGGACAUGCAGUUGUACUUGAUCUGCCCAAUUAUCCUCGUGUUUCUGUUCGGACGUGAGCGCAUCGCUUGGUGUGCGCUCACCGCUAUCGUUCUUCUCUCUCUCGUCUCAUCUUCACUGUACAGCUUCUUAAAUAACUACUCUGCAGCGUUAGCUAAUCCAAGGCGUUUGGCCCAGUUCCAGGAGUAUGUCCAAUAUUAUUACUUCAAUACAUUGACCAGAGCUCCUCCAUUCUUCGUGGGAAUGAUUUACGGUUACCUGUUGUACUUGUGCAAAGACAAGAAAAUUAGGAUAUCUAAGUUCAAUGUGGCGAUUCUGUGGAUGCUAUCGUUCGCAAUGAUGGCUUUCUGCAUCUUCACCAUUUACCCUGUGAUGCAGCCUGAUCACACAGCCCAGGUCUUCGACAACUUCCUCAAUGCUUACAUGCGGGCUAUUUGGGCCAUUGGCUUGGGGUGGCUCAUUUUUGCAUGCGUACAUGGCUAUGGAGGUCCUAUCAACUGGUUCCUCUCUCUUCAAGUCUGGAAGCUUCCCGCUCGUCUCUCGUACGCCAUGUACCUGAUCCAUCUGCCCAUCAUCUACACCUCCACCGGUACCUGGAUGAAGACUUAUUACUUCAGUGAGGGAAAUAAUUUGUACAGAUUCAUGGGUGAUAUCUCGAUUUCCUUCAUCUUUGCCUUCAUCCUUUGCGUUUGCAUCGAUGCCCCCUGCUCUACACUACAGAAAAUGUUAUUAGGAGGUGGCAAGAGACCGCAGAAGCCAGCAGUGGUAGAAUCUCCAGAAAUAGUCAGUGCAGUAAACGAUAGAAUCAUAAAGACAUCCUUAUAGAAAGCAAAAGUACAGAAGAAUCAAGAAUAAGACUGACCGACUGACUGACGUUAGUAAACCACCAUCAAACUAUGAGGUUUCUUAAACGAUGGUGGAACAGUACUGAAAUAUAAUAAUGUAGGUAUAAUUGGAGAUUUAAAACAUUGUUCCUGAGUAGAUUUCUAUAAGAUAUUUCAAGUGAUUUGUUGUUUCCUUAGAUAUUGAAUUUUCUUCUCUUAUUUAUUGUAGUAGAUUAUAAAUUAGGAUAGAUAGUUAGAAAACUCAUUUUUGUUAGAUUUAAGUUGUAUUAAUUUAUUAAUGUGAGAAGCUUAUUAAGAUCUUUUAAUAAUUGUAAGUAGGUAUUAUAAAUAUUAUUUUGAUGAUUAAAAAAUGAUAAUUUUAA